AUGUACAUACACAGAAAUACACACGCACAGACACAUGUACAUACAUACACAGACACAUGUACACAUAGACACAUGUACGUACAUACACACGUACAUACACACAGGCACAUGUACACACACACACACACACACACACACACACAUGUACACACACCUGCAUGUACAGUACAUGCAUACACAGACACACACAUGUACACGUACACCCCCCCCCAUAAAAAGUUGCAGUACUUCGUUGUUCACUCACAGAGCCGGGUACUGCACUCUAGGGGGAGGCAGAGAGCACAGCACACACUCCUUCCUUUGCUUUCACUGCGCUCAGCUAUUGAGCAGUCUGACAGCUCCCAGUGCCAAUGACAGAUCCGGCCUGAGCUCCGAGCCUGCUCAGCAAGACGGCCCUGGGGACACACUCGCCCCCACCAUAAUUUCCACUCGCCAUUGUCGAGCAGGCGAGUGGAAAUUUCAAGCCCUGUUAUGUGUGAUUGUU